AUGAGGAGAGGUAGCCGAUUCCUGAUCAUCGACCCCUGGGACAAUGAGAGUGUUUUCACCUAUUACUCAGAGUUUGAAGAACACUGGGCAGGUCAAACCUACGUAGAGGUCAUCGUCUUGGUUCUUAUAUUCUUGGUGGGCUUCGUUAGCAACCUGCUGCAUUCCCUUCAUCAUCGCCCACCGAUCACCGUUCACUGGGCGUUGGGCGGCGUGCUCUGUAAGAUGCUUUCCUUCCUCCAGUUCGUCAGCGCUUCCGCCUCCAUCCUCACCAUGAUGAUGAUCAGCAUUGAUCGUUACAUCGUCAUCUGCAAGCAGAGCUGCUCUCGGCCGAUCGGGAUCAAGUUCACCCCUGUGGUGUCUGGGGUUGUCGUCGUCAUAGUGUGGUUUGUCGCGACGGAACGCCACAUCGACUACCUGGACAAGACUUACGUGUUCUGCGCCAUACUCUGGCCUGAAGGUUUCAGCGGAGGCUGGUUCUUGGUCGCCAUGGGCGCUUUCCUAUUUGUACUGCCCGUGACCGUUAUAUCUAUAAUGUACUUGCAAAUUUUGCUUUUUGUCCGAAAGACUUCGCAGAAGUUCGCUCUCCAGCCUAUACAUCAGAGCACUCAGGUACAGUUGAAACUGGUGAAAAUGUUUGUGACGGUGUUGGUGCUAUUCGUAGUCAUGUGGUUGCCGUUCUUCAUCGUGUCUUUCCUGAUCCUCUAUACGGAGCUCGUGACGUCCACUCACUUCACCACUACAGUCAUCAUGGCUCACCUCAGCCCCUGUAUUAACCCCGUGCUCUACGGCUACUUCAACGAGAGCUACAGACAAGGGUUCAGAAAGCUGUUCGCUAAGGACAAGCGAAUGAGCAUGCGAAUCGAUCAUAAUUCUACCGUUGUGAACGCCUUGGUGUCCGUGCGAUGAUGUGACGACCGGUUACGUCAGAGAGUGACGUCAGAGGGGACGUGACGUAUUGGUAUCGGUAAUAGAGAGCUCUUAAUUUUAAGCGUCCACACGGUCAGUACUGCUCUCACUGACUAGAAACAUCACUGGCGUGGAUUCACAAGAGUGUAGUGUUACAUUCCCACGCUAGACUCUGGACCACCUGGAAUAGCCAUUCCUAUCUAUCAAACACUACACAUUGCCGUGCUUGCUUGUAGGUCUUGAUAUCAUGCCACGCAUGCGUACGCUGAUGGGUUUAUAACUAUUCAUGGCUGAUGCAGAAUUUUAAUAUACAUGUACACACGAGGAUAAGUUGUCACAAAUCUAUUGACCAUUCCCUGCUUUGUAUAGGACAAACGUAAAAGACCAGACUAGGGGGCCAAAUCAGCAUGACCUUAAAUUCUGUACGUGUAUAACUGGGAAUGUGAUGGUGUGAGGCAACAAAGAAUCCCAGAUAUUCUAAUUACGACGAACGGUUGGCGUCCAGAAAACGACACUUGUUCCGAGACGCACGCUUUGUACAUGGAAUGCCUUUUUUGGAAGGCUUCGCUUUGGAUUGGAAUCUUCCUGUACUCGCAACAGUUACAUGCCAUUGUAUACAUUUUCCGAAAUGAACUGUGCCAUACUUGAUGUAUGUGGGGGCAAAGCUUUUUGUAUUGUUAUUGUUAUCCCAUGUACAUACAUGGGAUGCAAGCACGCUUUGCAUUUUUAUUGUGGUUACAUGAACAGGUGUUAAUAUUUGUUAUUUAAGUGCUUUUUCGAAGAACUGACUUGUUGCUUCAGGAGUAAUAAAAGUUACAUUGGGACAAAAGACGACUAGGCGUGUGAUGGACUUUUCUACUCACUUUUGCAUUUGAGUCGUGAACCAUUGAGUCAAGAUCUCUCUGAAUUAUAUUUGGUUUCACAGAGCGACCUUAGACUUGAUUGAGAAUGUUAAAACUGAAAGAACCCUUAUGAAUGGGAAUGACAUGAGAGGCGCGAUAACUUGCGAUAAAUGAGAAUUAACUUGCAAUUAAACCUAUGUAAGUGUAAUUAAAACUCUUUACGGAAAAAAAGGCGGGUUCGAAAAAGGAUUGAAUAUUUCCUAACUAGAAUGUGACGCAAAUGUGAU